AAGCCGAAGGAAGACACCUUAAUUGUGAAAAACAACAAAAUCAUCUGGAGGACUGAAGAACAACAGACAUUCCUCUGAGAACUGAACAGUGCUAAAAGCUGAGAAUGACUUGUGGAAUAUCUCCAAACUGUAGCGUGAGGCAUCUCUUCCUCUCUGGCGUCACACAAUGUUCAGUGGGACAAAGAUUACGGAUAAGGCUCGGGUCUAACGGCGUGAUUCCUUCAGGCCUCUGAGUUGGAAUUACACCAAGUGCUGUUUUUUUUUUUCCUUCUUGGGCCACGAAACAGUUUGUCUUGGGGUGAGAUCCUCGAAUCUGGAGUCUCUCCAAAGGGGAGGAAUCUUGCUCGCUCUUGCUCUCUCCCUGUAGUGAUGACAACAGCGAGCGUGCUGUGUGCUGAAGUGCUUUCCAUCUCGCUCCCUGAUGAGGGCUGCUUUUCCUGUAUCAGCUCGCCGGACAACAAGUCAGCAUUAAACCUGCUCUAAACUUGGAGACGGAACACCUCAGCAAAUUUGGUUCAGUUUAACUAAACUCCACUGGUUUUAACUGUCCCCUGUGGCGCUGUUGCAUCCUGGGAUACACAUUGUGGGAUUACUCGAAGAAGAUCAUGGCAUCCUCACACCUGUUUUUCAAUGUGUUGACUGCAGUUUUGCUGUUGAGCUAUGUUUCCUAUGGUCAAAAAUCCAACACCGCCAGCACAGGUGUGCAAGUCACCAACCGGACGGCUGCUCCGUCUGGUGCCCCCGAGGUCACACUUGCGACCCCGGGAUCAGAACCGGAAGAAAUUCCAGCAGCCGGGAGCCGUUGCUGGGGUUACUAUGAUGUGAUGGGUCAGUGGGAUCCUCCGUUUAACUGUAAUGCAGGAAUCUACCUGUUCUGCUGCGGCUCCUGCUACUAUCGAUUUUGCUGCCAGUUUAAGGUCCACAGUCUGGAUCAGACCUCUUGUUCUAACUACGACACUCCGGUGUGGGCCAAUACAGGCAAGCCGGCGGCUCCGGUGACUGAUGUCCAGGAGGAACCAGAUCGGGAUCGCACUCACAUGAUUGUCUAUAUAAUAUGUGGAGUGGUGGCCAUCAUGGUGCUGGUCGGGAUUUUCACAAAACUGGGCCUGGAAAAAAGCCAAGGAGGACAGACGGACAUGACCAACUCCAGGGCCCUGACGGAGCUGUUGAAGCAGCCAGGCGAGGCCGGAGGUGUGGACAGAGGCGGAGGACACCACCCCAUCGGCUCCAAUGGCAUCUCCGGCAGGUCAAUGCGCACCAACAACGAGCACAAUCACCUGAAUAACGUCACGCUUCCUCCUUUGAGUCCCGCAAUGACCCUUUCUCAGCCACACAACAACCUGGGCUUCAACAAAUAUUCCUCUCUAAAGACCAUGGAUACUACAGCCAGGGAUUACUACCCCAAAAGCUACCCCAUGAUGGAUUACGCACACCGCCAGUCCUCGUCUGCAACCUUCCAGCCGAUUGUGUUCCACCCAAAAGAUAAGCCCUUCCUUCCCCCUCCAGAUAUCCAUACUCCUUUGGCUAUCACCAUUACAUCUGCUCAAGUCCCCAAGCCCAAGAUCUCCAAGACCAACACUCACCCACUCACUUCCAGCUCGGCGUUCAAGGCCUGGGACCCUAACAAGAGCCAUGUCCAACAUCAAGUCCCUCUCAUGGCGCAGCCACAGCCACCGCUGUCCCAGCCUAACAGUCGGCGUCAGGCCUUCUCCAACAAGCGGCAGUUUAGCAUCGAGACUCUUCCAGAACUGUUCACGCAGCCUCUGGGGUAUGGACAGUCUCCGCAUCUCCACCUGAAACACAAGGGACUGCCCACAAACAGCAAAACAGAAGUGACGGUCUGAGGGGAAGCCUGGGAAGGACAAAAACACAAGAAAGCAUGAUUUCGAUUAGACAUUGCAACUGGAUGUGAAAGCUUCUACACAUGCAGUUAUAUUUAUAGUAUGUUUCCUACUUUUAUUUAAUUUGGACUAGAGUUGUAUUCACCAGAGAACCGAAGGGGGAAAGCACUGCAUGGUCUUGAUUCCAAUUCAUGAAGGGCCUUGUAUCCCUGGUAAUCGUACUUCCCACUAUUCUGGCCUGUUGUUCUUGUACUCCUGGCCUUCAAAUGUCUUUUGUGCUUGGGACCCAUGUGUCCAAUAGCAAAGGGCAGGAGCCUGGCACCUCAGGAGUCUUCACACUCUUCUGGACAAGGCCAUUGUGCUGUCAACUUUCAUCAGCCAAGAGCUGCCACACAGUGAGAUAUUAUUCCGACAAUUCUAGACCACUGAGGACAAAGUACAGCAAAGAAACAUAAGGAAGAGGGCAGUGAGAAAUCCAGGUGUCCCGUGAGAGAAGAAUAAGAGAGUUGUGAUGUACAGGUUCUUGGUAUUUCAGCCAACAAAUAAGGGUCUAGAUAAAGUUGGUAUAGUCCAAUGUGCUCCAAAACUUGUCCAGGGCGCAAACCAUCAACAUCAAAUCUAUUCUGGCUGCUUCUAUUUCAAACUCUUGUUCGAGACAAACCACAGGUAAAGACAAGGUCAAUGAGCAAGUCUCUAUUACCGACAGACCUCAAGAGAGACAUUUCAGGGGACGAAAGUCGCCCGCAGGUGCCAUAGUGACGGAGGAGCACACAUCUAGGAGAACAAGUCCUGCAAUGUCAUAAGUAGCACUGCCAAAGCAAGUUUGCUAAACUGGCCUAUGUGUAUUUUUUGCAAUAUCUGUCAAACAGCCUGCUUCUUUUAAUACUUCUGAAUGUAAAUAAUUAUCCUUUUGGUCGAAGCAAGAACCUAUUAAUCCAACGGUUUGAUGGCCAAGUCUAGCAUGUAGCAGCAAAACCUUAUUGUAGCAUACUAAUGCACACAACAUGGAAAAUCACUAAAUGUGGUUGUGGGCAUUGGUUUAGGAGUAAAAGAGUUCAGGUGUCUCUGGAGCUGAGGAGAAAAAUACCAAGGAAAAUGGUAGCAAUACUAGGCCUAUGUGUCCUCUCUUUCCUCGGGGCAAAUGACUGAUGGACACAGCUGUCAACCUCACUCCCUCUCUGCCGCUCCAAGCUGUUCCCAGCCAGGCGUUUGGCUGCCACACUGCCACCAAACAGCAGGGGGCGCUGUAAUGGAUGACAGCCCACUUUGAAUACAGCAGAUCAAAAAAAGUUCUUGUCUUCUCUUUCAUCA